AUGAAGGAGGAGAUGACAAGCAAAGACGCAUCGAUCAGAGAGCGAGUUGCAAUCCGCUGCGCCAGAGCUUCGAUGCUACUCUAUUCACUCGCAUCAUCCCGCGAUCUGAAGGCCACCACCAUCGAUACCGCCGGCGAGGUUAGUAGAUCCUUCUUCUUUCUCCUUUUUCUUCUUCGGAUCGGAAUUGAUUUGUUACAGUGGAUCCGUAGUUGCGAAAAUCUCAUGGGAACCUCUUUUGGUGUUGUUUGGAAGCAGGAGGAAGGAGAUACACGAAGAGAAAUAGAGGAUCUGAGGAGAAAGCUUGCGAUGGAGAAGAAAAGGAUGAAUCGGAUUAAGCUUUGCAGCUUGAUGGAGCUGCUACUUCUCGUCGCUUUGGUUCUGUUGCUCUCCACUUUCUUCCUAGUCUUCUUUCUCCGAUCUCCUUGA